AACGUUCCAAAAAAACUAUGUAACUCAAGUCGGCUACAACAUACAUUAAUCAGAUUAAACUUUAUUUACAAUAUUAGUGGCUUUAUCGUACACGAAUAAAUUAUUGCUUGGAAUACGGGGUUAUACAAAAUCGAAGCUGUCAUUGGCAAACCUUUACCGAAUUGGUAUAUUCCUUUUCCGGUUAUUCCAACAACAACCCAGUGCACAUGUACCUCCGUCGGUGACUUUUCGUGAUUUUAUAGCCAGAUAAGUACAUUGCUGUGGGUUGAAGUGAUUCUAUAAAAGGUGUUAUGGGUAAGAAGAAGGCUGGAGGAGGAGGAUCACUCGGCAGAUCUCUGAUUAAAGAAAGACUUCAGAGAGGACGAGGCAACAAGAGGGGCGACACAUGGCUUCACACCAGUGAGCUGAAUGACGGCUAUGACUGGGGACGGUUGAACCUGCAGUCGGUGACUGAACAAAGUUCCAUGGAUGACUUUUUGGCUACUGCAGAACUAGCAGGAACAGAGUUCGUAGCUGAGAAACUCAACAUCAAGUUUGUACCAGCAGAAGCUAGAGCAGGCUUAUUGACAGCUGAGGAGAAAAAGAGGCUGAAGAACCUUCAUGAAGACAACAAGCAUUUUCUCAGAAUCCCUCGACGCCCCCACUGGGAUGAAAGCACCAGCCCCGAGGCAUUGCAGCUGGCAGAAAAGGACAGUUUCCUGGAGUGGAGAAGACAACUUGCACAGCUGGAAGAGGAACAGAAGUUGUGUCUUACUCCGUUUGAGAGGAAUCUGGAGUUCUGGAGGCAGUUGUGGAGAGUCAUUGAGAGGAGUGACGUUGUUGUGCAGAUCGUGGAUGCCAGAAAUCCAUCAUUGUUCAGAUGUCCUGACCUGGAGUUAUAUGUAAAAGAGGUGUCAGAGAAUAAGGUGAACAUGCUGCUGGUGAAUAAGGCGGACCUGCUGACCAGGCAGCAGAGGCGAGCCUGGGCCAGACACUUUGAGAAAGAAGGCUUGAGGGCAGUGUUUUGGUCCGCCCUUGCUGAAAGUGAUAGGUUGGAUGCAGAAGAAAAGGGCAUGGAGGUAGAGCAGCCAGAAUCUGAAGAGAGUGACCGAGAAGAUGGAGCACAACCAGACAAUGAAGAUUCGAGGCUAAAGGAGGCAGAUGACAAGAAUGAGGAGGGAGAGGAGAGUGAUCACUGGGAAGAGCUGCGGGAAAGCGUAACUGUCGAGGAGGAGGAGUGGUUUACUGCCUCAGAAGAUGAGGGGCAUGAAGAGGAAGAUAUUGUUUGGAAAUCCAAUGAGACCCCUUUCCGUAAUUCCACUCGCCUGUUGCACAAGGACGAGUUGUUGGAGAUGUUCAAGAUGGUUCACAAUAGGCCCAGAUGUAAAGAGGGACAACUUACAGUCGGAUUGGUCGGUUAUCCGAAUGUGGGCAAGAGUUCAACUAUCAAUACCAUUUUAAGAAACAAAAAAGUGUCGGUCUCUGCAACCCCUGGACACACGAAGCACUUUCAGACUUUGUUUGUGGAGCCAGGGCUGUGCCUGUGUGACUGCCCCGGUCUAGUUAUGCCCUCCUUUGUCUCCACCAAAGCUGAUAUGAUCUGCUGCGGGAUUCUGCCCAUUGACCAGAUGAGAGACCAUGUACCAGCAGUCUCUCUCGUCUGCCAGACGAUCCCUCGACAUGUACUGGAGGGCACGUAUGGUAUCAACAUCAUCAGGCCACGAGAGGAUGAAGACCCCGACAGACACCCCACCUCGGAGGAGCUGCUUAUGGCGUAUGGAUACAUGAGAGGCUUUAUGACAUCGCACGGACAGCCUGAUCAGCCCAGAUCUGCCCGCUACAUCCUGAAGGAUUAUGUCAAUGGAAAACUUCUAUACUGCCAUCCUCCUCCUCACAUAGAGGCUGAGGACUUCCAGCCACAGCACAGCAAAUUCCAAAGAAAUGAUUUGGACAACUGUGACCCUUCUUCGACCAAUAACACAGGAAAAAUUAAGAGAAUUGAAAAUAUGGUGGACAAGAACUUCUUUCAUGCAGAGAAUGUACGAGCACUCUCUAAAGGAGUCCAAGGUUUCAUGGGCUACAAACCAGGCAGCGGAAUCGUGGCACCUGGAAAAGCCGGAACAGAGACCAUGUUGGGAAAACCUUGGAAGAAACACGGCAACAGGAACAAGAAGGAAAAAGUGCGUCGGCUGAACAAGCAUCUUGAUGCCUGAAGCUCUAAUCUCAAAUAGAGAAUAAUCCAAACAGACUAGACAAACACUCAAAACUGUGCCAUUAACAAAUUAAUGGUGAACAAAAUCUGUGAAUUUUAAGGCCUCUUAAUCCUGAAGAUGCUUUGAUAUUAUCUUUGGCAUGCGUCAUCUAUAAUGGACCGCUAUGGUUUGUUCGUCACCCUAUGGAAUACAUUCCAUCAACUGGAUCAUCAGUUACAAAUCAGAGCACUAAGAUCAUGACUAAUAAUCAUCAUGUCCGAAUUGUUACAGUAAGCAGAAAUCUCAAUUCCAAACAUACAUCACCCCACGUGCAUUGUACAGAACUCUCAACAAAUAUGAUGUAUGUUCCAAAUCAGUGUUUUGGAUAAAAUUAUGAAACUA